CAGUACCUAAAUUACUAGUUGUCAGAUUUUGAUUGGCCAGCAGAUCUCGCGAGAGUCUACCAUUUUCAAGAUGGCUGCGCCCACGUGAAGAAAAUCCGUCUGCUGCUAGAAACUUGUUUCACCGUAAAUUUCGUCGUUUUGCGGGAUAUUUUAAGUUUUGAUUGGGCGUCUUACUAUUUCUAACAUAGCAGCGAGUAUGAAAUGAUCAUAUUUCAUAGAUAUGCGUGUAGUAUUACAGACUGAGCAAGCGAAAAGUCGUACCCCCCCCCCUUUACAGUCUCUCGCUCGUGCACAUGUCAACAUAUCACGAGUUCUAGUGAGAAGUUGAAGUUCUACAUUUCUUCAGUGAGAAACAGGCUGUGCAAGCUUUAAGUAUGGCUCUGUUUACCGUCAACAGAAGAGGAGGAUGUUGCCACCUACAACAGCAGUAGAGGUCUCCAUGGCAACCAAUCAGCCAAUGACAUUCUAGCAAGGCUCCACAGAGAUGCCAGAGAACGCCAGAAGAAGUCCCAACAAAAUAUCCCCGGGUCGUCCCAAUCUUCAGCUCACACAAGUGUAGACAAGAAUUUAGCUGAGAAGGACAGAUCAAAGAAUGAGGCUUUGGAAGUGUCCCACAAAGGGAUAAAGAAAAGAAAAAAAGAACAAGAAAAGAAAGAAGAAAGGAAGAGUGUAUCAAGUGAAGAACUUCAUUUAGGGUCUUCUGACAAAGAUGAUGGAAUGGUGUCACCGAAGUUACAAAAGAGGAAACGAGAAGUGCAAGAGUCGUCUUCAAGUAAAAAGAAAUUCAAGCCAAGUGGUAAAGAAGUUGAGGAGAUGAAAAGAAAAGAAGCUGAGAAGGAAUUGUCAUCUUUGGGAGAAAAAUCCCAAGUUUCAACUAAGAAGAAGACUAAAGACAAAAAGCAAACAAAGUCGGCAGAAACAUCCACACCAAAAAGCUCAAUCAAGGACAAUGAGAUGGCUAAAGUAAAUGAACAUGCAAGUCCUGAACCUAUUGUCAUAAAGAAUGAUUCAACAAUGGUCAAUGUACAAACCAUGAAACGGACAAAAGUUAAAAGUUCAGAGGGGCUGAAGAGAAAGAAGAGCAACAAGCAGGUUGAAGAGAUUACUGAUAUUGAAACAGAAGCAUCACAAACAGGUCUUAAAAACACUACUAUGGUCAAGAAGAAAAAGAUACAGCCUGAAAAAGUUGAUAAAACGGAUGAAGCCAGUAGUGAAGAAACAACACCUGAGAUUAAAAAAGUAAAAGCUAAAAAGGUAAAGAGUCAUGAAAAGUCACCCCAAGCUGAUCUUGUCACCAUUAGUAAACAAAGUAAGAAAGCAAAGAGAGAAAAUGCCAAAGGAGAUGAAUCUGAAACUGAUGAAGAAGCUAUCAUCACCGAGGAUACGAAUUCUUCAACAGACAAAGCUGAUUUUCUUGAAGCGGUCUUGGAAAAGAUGUCACCAGCCAGACAGAAAGACGACAAAGCCCCCAAUAAACAGAACAAGAAGCAAAAGAACCAAGAAGACGAGCUUGAAGCUUUCCAAGUCCUGGGAGAAGUCCAGAAAAGCAAGGCAGAGAAAGUCCACAGGAAGCUUCCUGAUUGGCUGGCUGACCCGUCAGUCAUAGAGAAUGACAUCCAAUCAAAUCUCGUCCCUGUUGAAGGCACCCCUUAUGUUGGGGAGUUUCUUAGAAACAAACUGAAGGAAAACGGUGUGGAGAAUUUGUUCCCGGUGCAACACCAGGUUAUACCAGCUGUAUUGGAGGAUGCUGAGGAUGGGACUAUCAUGGGGAGGGCAGGGUUCAGGCCAAGUGACAUCUGUGUGUCAGCUCCUACAGGCAGUGGCAAAACCUUAGCCUUUGUCAUACCUGUAGUCCAGGCUCUGUUACAAAGAGUGGUGUGUGAGGUUAGAGCGUUGGUUGUCUUACCAACCAAAGACCUGGCCGUACAGAUCUACAAAGUGUUCAACCACUACACCAGCGGCUCAAGACUCAAAGUGGCCAACUGUUCUGGGCAGAAGAGUCUGGCAGCGGAGAGAAAUGCACUGGUCAAAGAGAGCCACGGAGUGUAUCAGAGUCUUGCAGACAUAGUGGUGGCCACUCCAGGACGACUUGUGGACCACAUCGAAAAGACUCCAGGUUUCAACCUUAGGCACCUCCGCUACCUGGUGAUAGAUGAAGCAGAUAGGAUGCUGGACCAGAUCAAACAGGACUGGCUCGCCAAGGUCACCAGGGCCGUGUAUGAAGGUCAGGGGUCAACAGAGGAGAAGCCCGGUCUUCCCAUGAUGCUCUGGGCAGGUGUGCUUGGAGGCAGGACAGCCCCAGGGCCCCUGACGGCUGCUAAUGCUGCCAGGAUGUACCAACCGCUUCAGAAGCUCCUGUUCUCGGCCACCCUGUCUCAGAACCCCGAGAAGCUGCAGCAGCUGAACUUGUUCCACCCCAGACUCUUCACCUCUGUAGUCAGGCACAAGCAAAGGAAACAGGAGACAGCCUCGGCCGGGUCCUCGGAGGAGAAAGGAACAUUUGUGGGCAAAUUCACCACUCCUGCUGGACUUCAGGAGUACACAGUGAGCUGUACGGCAGCAGACAAACCUCUUGUGGUCCUACAUCUCCUACUGAACCAGAAGUUCCAGCAUGUUCUGUGUUUCACUGGUUCACUGGAAUCCACACACAGGCUGUACCUGCUUGCUAAGCUGUUUGGUGGUGUGACAGUCGCUGAGUUUUCUUCAAACCUACCUCCGGAUAGAAGAACAAAGAUCCUCACCAAAUUCAGGACAGGCAAAAUCCAGCUUAUUGUCUGUUCUGAUGCCAUGGCUCGCGGCAUGGACGUAGAGGGCGUAGAAGUCGUGAUCUCGUAUGACGUCCCGCCGUACGUGAAGACGUACAUCCACAGGGUGGGCCGGACAGCACGCGCCGGGAAGGAGGGGAGAGCUUUCUCAUUGGUGCUUCAAGAAGAGGAGAAAAGAUUCCGUCGGAUGUUAAAACAGGCGGGAAAGGCAGAACCUCAGCCGUGGUCACUAACAUCAGGAGACUUACAGCCUCUGGUGCCUAGGUACCAGAAAACAUUGCAGAGGCUGCAGAAAAAGCUCAAGGUGGAAGCAAAGACAAAGUGACAAAAGAAAACUUGAUGAUGCAGACUCUUUCCAUAUACCGUAGAAGCCAGUUAAUUGCACAAUGGAUUAACUCACACUUCUGUUAACUGCACGGAGUCCCAAAUCUAAAACCGGUGUGGUCCAACUAGAUAACUUCGCAUUAUUGCACCAGCCGGAUAAUUGCACGAAAUUCACUGGCUGGCAAUAGGCUGUGCAAUUAAGCAGCUUCUACAGUACAUGUAGCUGAUCAUGGCAUGUACAUAGAAUCUUUUUGAACACAAGUUCAUUAUUUCAGUUUUUUUUUAUAAAUGCUCAGAUUUUGCAAACUUCCUGCCAAAAUAGUGCAGAACAUCUUACGGUUUUCGUAUGAUUCUUUUUGUAUUGUCAACAUUUGAUAAUAUUUUAAGUAUUACAUACUAUUAGUAAGUCUAAACUUUUCUAUAAAAUUAUGUAAUGCAUGUAUAAGACAUCCUUUUUGUUUGUUACUGUUAAAAAAAUGUUGGGCAUGAUCACUUAGUAUUGAUGCAUAACUCUUAUUCUGAACUGCUUUCAAAUGCAUUGGUAAUUUCAAUAGGAAAAUAUUGGAUACUAAAGUAUCUGCAGCCGAAUGUGCCUUUAUGUAAUUUUGUACUAUUUUGUGUAAUUGUUAUGUUCUUAUUAUAUAAAAGCACCAUAUUACUGUCA